CGAUCAUGAAUACGUGCAUCCCUGCUUGUCUCCGACAACCACCGCGCUCAGCUCGCAGGAUCGCCGCCGCCGUCGCGCACGACGCGCUCGACAACACCCGACAUCGUCCCCGAGCACCGGCCUCGGCAGCCGUGCGCGCUCAUGAAUAGCCUCUCCGACGAGCUCGUGCAGCUCAUAUUCUAUGGCCUGGAGGACCCCGCGGCGUUCUCUGCCACCUCGAGACGGUGCCUCGCGCUCUCGAGGGACCCCUACGUGCGCGCAAAUUACUUCAUCGCUCGCCACGGGCCACAGGAGGCGUUGUUCCAUGCGCUGGGCAGGGGGAAGCUGCUCACGGAACGUGUUCUCGAUGUGCUCUUUGGGAUGGCGCACGUAUCACGCUACAUCUGCCAGGUCGCCAUACACCACUACUUCUACACCCAGACCCAUUUCAUCAAGACGGAGUGGGUCAGAGGGCUGUCCCUACCCGUCUUCGUGCACUUUAUGAAGCUCGCGACGGACAAGUACGGCGAUAUACCUCGGGGAAAGGGCGAGGACGACGGCUCGCUCUUCUCCGCGUUCAUUUUCGACAGCAAGAUCCCGGGGAUCUCAAGACAAGUGUCUUGGGAAGCCAUCCGAGAGAUCGUCGAGAUCUACCAUUUCAUCCCUUUCAGCACGAAGGACCCACUCAUGGCUAGCUUCCCACUUGCACUGUCCAUAGAACCUCGGCUGCUUCCGUACGCCGAAGCUAAUGGGUUCAGGAUGAAUCCGAAGUACCGUGACUUCGUCUUCCGGAGGAUGUUUGAGAAGAACGGAGACCCGGGUUUCGAAGGGGUUGACCGCAUAUGCAGUAACGUACAGGAACUGUGUCGACUCGAUGAGAGGAUGUUCGUGAGCCGGACUGUAGCGGCGGAAGUAUGCAUGGAGUGCCACGCGAAUGAUAAUGCAUAUCAAGCACUCAAACGGCUGGGAAAGCAAGGUCACCUGCGCUUCGAGAUAUCGACGUUGGUUGCCGAUCUCAUCAAGUCCUUCGCCCGCACCCGCUCCGUUACCUAUCCCUCAACCCUCUUCGUACUGAAGCGUCUAUUCACCGACUUCCCCUCCGAAGAUCCCAAGGUCCUCCAUGUCAUGCACCUUACCUGCUUCCUCGCCAUUGACCCUGACGCGCCGAACCACACGGGCGUGUCCGACCGCCUUCGCGAGCUCGGUCUGAAGGCGCUGACGCGCACGGAUCUGCUGCGCGUAUUUGCGAGUCCGUUCAUGGACAGGUUCAAGUGCGGGGUGGACUAUGCGGAGCAUGCGGUCGAUAUGGGCCGCGGGAAGAAGGGGAUGAAUGCGGCAGAGAAAGAGGAGUUCCUGGACGAUGUGGCGAGGAAUGUGCUUACGAUGGGCUGCAACGGUAACCUCCUCAAGAAGCUGUCCGAGACGUACGAACACGUCGGGAACACGCUCGUAGUCACUGCGCACACACUCAAGAUGAACAUGGACAACCUGCCUCCUCCGGACAACGCCGAUGCAUGCGCAAGGUUCAAGGCGCGCUUGUGUCCAGAUCUCUGGCUGCCGGACCGGCCGCCUCUUGUCACUGGCAAGGGCCUCAAUAUUAUCGAGGAUGAGCACAGCGCGAUGUACGUGGAUACUGAUAACGAUGUCAACGGUCUGGGCCACAUCACGCAGUCGACAUUGUCAAGUGCGAUACGAUGCGAUGAGCUUUCGCCCGCUAAUCGCACUCGCCGGCGAUCUCUUCUCAUCUAUGGCGACGUCAUGGGCUCCAUGCCCACCAAUGGGAGGCAACUGAGCGUCUCCGAAUGGGUCAGGAUCACCUUCGGCCCCAAGAGCUCGAUGGCGGCGAUCCUCCUCACCCAUGCUCUCAUCAACAGCCACACUCAUGACAUAAAUUGCUUGAUGCCCUCCGACUCGAUGUAUAUGACUAUGGCGAAGAAGCCCCAGCCAGAGCGCGUCCCCAUUACCCUGGAACAUUUCCAGAUGAUGGCUCGUAUGGGCAGAGCACCACAUUGGUACAUGUUCAGCGAGAUCGAGAAGGGCGCGGAGUUUUACUACACGGCGGACGAUUAUCUGACGCCUGAGACGAAGAGCACUGGCACCUCGGGCAACACACGAGGCUCGUCCAGGCGACAGAGCUUGCCGACGCCGCGCUCGUCAGUGCGCGUGCUCAAGCGCCCACGACGCUCGGCCGCGAAGGCGGUGGUCUCGUACGUCGUACCCGAUUCCGACGAGGACGACAAGGAGGUGGUCGAGGGCGGCGAGACGAAGCCUGCGGCCCCGAAGGCGACCGAGACGGCGCUGCAGAAGUGGGUGACGCACUUGAGCGAUAUGCUGAGGGCGGAGGAGCGGAAACACAAGGCAGCGAGGAAAGCCUGGGAGGUCCACCACGACCCGAGUGUGCCUGCGCCUACGAAGAACGCGUUUCACAAGACCCUCACCACUCAUAUGCGCAGCCUACGCAAGCUCCUUCGUGAGCAGUCUUCAUCCACUGCCGCCGAGGUCGAGAACGUAUACAGCGACCUCGACGACGAUGACGAGGAGUACCAGUACCGCCCCACAGUCCGCUACAAGCGCAGAAAGACAACGAAUAAUGCCUCGUAAUAUAUUGGCACGGACUACCAUCUCUCCUCUCAGCAUCUUUUCUCCUGGCAUGCCUCUCCUAUGACUUUUAUUCCUCUCAUCUGUUUCUUUUACGCAUCUUCAUCCUCAUUCCCAUUCCCCAUACGCACAAUUGCAUUGGCAUCACACCAGCAUAGACCUACUUUAUUCAUCAUCUAGUACAUAGUGCGCACCUCCUGACCGGCUGGGAUACUCAGCAUACUCAUCCUCCCUACUUUACCUCCUCGACCAUGGCCUUGACGUCUUUGAUGACAAUGACAGUGAGCACUAACGCUCGUUGGUACUGUGUUGUAGGCAGUAUCUGUAUCAUCUGAUGGACUUUCACUCUCUUACUGACCGUAUACGAGGUGGCCGACUGCUACCGCACGCGCAGUG